AUUGAAUUGAUAAUGGUGGACCUUACCGUCCAAGCCUAUGCCCUUGUCGACUCUCUGGACCUCACUCUUGAUGAGGUGUCUAGUGACAGCCACAGCAUGCCUACAAAGGGUCUCCUGGUACUCAUCCUGGGUGUGAUCUUCAUAGAGGGCAAUCGCGUCUCUGAGGAAGACCUCUGGGAAUACCUGAAUAUUAUGGGAGUGUAUGCUGGGAGGGAGCAUUUCAUUUACGGGGAGCCCAGGAAGCUCAUCACCACAGACUGGGUGCGUGAGAAUUACCUAGAAUACCGGCAGGUGCCUGGCAGCGAUCCUCCAUGCUAUGAAUUCCUGUGGGGUCCCAGGGCCCAUGCUGAAACCACCAAGGUGAAAGUUGUAGAAUUUUUGUAUAAGAUCCAAGGGAUUGACCGCCAUUCCUUCUCACUGUGGUAUGAGAGGGCUUUAAGAGAUGACAGAGAGAGGGCUCAGGCCGGCAUCGGUUCUGGGGAAAGUACUGCUGCCAUGUUCGGUGCACAGCAGUGAUCAGCGGCGGUCCCUGCCGCAACUGCAGAGUCAGCGCAGAUAGUCACUCUGUAGAUGAAGAGGGCAGUCCUGGCUCUGAGUACAGGGUCAGGGUCACACUGGGGAGAACACGGCAUACAACCGCUUUGUGCUCCUGUUUUCUAUGAAUGAUUUGGAGUGUUGUUUUUUUUUUUUUACCUUUUUGAGUUUUCAAGUGCUAUUGCCUUUACUAGAGAGUUUAUUAGCAUUAGAAUCUAAGUGUUGAAUGAAUUUGUCACAUAUCUGUUGCUGUUUCUCAGAUUUAAGAAUAUGAGUUUUGGUAUUUUACAACAUAAACUGAGGAAUGUAUUUUGUCUUGUGAUCUGGAACAAGAUAACAACGCGGGAAUGGGAAUUUCCUUGGAAAUGUGAAAGAAAAUGGAGGAACACAUGGAAUGUCAAAGGUGGUUCAUGUUUGGGUUCCCAUAACCACUAGUUUACGGUUCUGUAAAAUUAAAACACAUAGACCUGGACUUGCUUGACUUGCUGAAGAAUGUAGGCCUAAUCUUAAAAACUCUUAUUAAAUGAAAGAUCCUGCUUA